UUAAUAAUAAUUCGAGAGAUGGUAUUGCUUCGUGGUUUAACAAGCGCCUACUGAAGUUUUAGUUUACAUAUUUAUGCAAAUUUGCUUGUGCGGAGCGAUCUGGUAAUAAAAUAAAGAAUUUUAUAGUUUAGCAUAGAAACACUUAAUGUAGAGCUGAAGAUAUUUGUAGUCAGUAGCGAAAGGAACCAUUGAAUUAAAUACAAACCGUUUACACAAAAUAAAUCCGUGAAUUCUUUUAUCAGUAUUAAUCUAGUGUCUAAAUUUGUAUAUGAACGAAUUGGUUAAACAUGGUGAAAUUGGUCACGGUGUUUCCCAUUAUUAUUAGAAUAUUUUUGCUCACAAAUCAUGACAGAAGGACAUGAAAACGUUCUUUUCAGCGACUUUUUAGUAACUGUGCGGGCGCAAGUAAUGACCAGAGACGAAAGCACAGAAGGCUGGCUACCACUUGCGGGAGGUGGUCUUGCCAAUGUUUCUAUACGUAAACGUCGCAAACUGCCCGCUGGAGUUUCUGGGCAUGAAUACAUAAUUUAUGGACAAAGAAUUUCCGAUCAACGUAUUAUUUUGAGUUGUAUAAUUAACCACGAAUUGAAAUAUUAUAAAGUAAUGCCCACAUUCCAUCACUGGCGUGCGGGCAAGCAAAGAAACGGACUUACUUUUCAAACAGCAGCCGACGCCCGGGCAUUUGACAAAGGCAUACUGAAAGCGUACAACGAUUUAAUAGAUGGUAUCACGAAGUCCAGCCCAUCAACAAUUUAUCCACCGCUAAAUAAAUACAAUUCAGUAGGAGAGGAUGAUGUUUUCAUGACUUUAGAUUUGCCUUUCGAAACUGAAAAUGUACACAAGAGCCAUUCCAGUGCAGAAACUAAAGAGAGUAAUCAGGUUAAUGAAAAAGGACGGAAGGAGCAAUCUGCUAACGACACGGAUGCAUUAAAAAUUCAUUACAUAUCCAAUGAGAAAGUUUGCAUCCAAUCCGGAUGUUCUGCUCCACGAAAAGCCAUUGGAAACAUCACGUCAACCUCACCGCAAACAACAUUAUCAUCUUUGAACGCAGAAUCCACAAUUGCUGCAAGUGAAAACUACUCUUAUGUAACACUGACGGCGGUUCAUGACUAUAACUACCCUAUGGUGGACCAUCCCCCAGCAGCACAAAUGCUUUACCCGCGACCGGAAUCUGCCAAGGAUUUAAAGAAGCGUAAUGCCUUAGAAAAUGCCCGAGUUUCGCAAUCACCUUCUGCGCCCGCUGUUAUAAUAAAGGAAUCCACAAUUGGUGUCAUUAAAGAAAAAGACCAACAAAAAUUGCAUCAUCUUUCAAGGUGCCGAUAUUGUAAUGAACUUUACAAUGACGAAUGGAAUCGCCGAGGAGCUUGUGAAUACGCACCAGAUUGCUUCCGUUCUGGUUUCGAAUUUAUAUCAGGUUUAAGUUGCGCACGAUGCAUGCUUUAUCAUUUUAUGAAGGAUUCUGAGGGUGAGACCUCUCACCCAUGCGAUUGCGCCAGUGAAUCUGGCUGCACGAAAAGGUGGUUCGGCUUAAGUUUAUUGUCCUGUGUUAUGCCAUGUCUGUUGUGCUAUCCUCCACUGCGUGUAUGUCACUUAAUUGGAAUAUCGUGCGGCUUAUGCGGCGGAAAGCAUAAACCGCACGUUUGACAUUUAGAUCUUUCAUUAUAAAAUUAUUUGUUAUCACUUAUACAUUAGAAAAUAAACUAAAGAAACCGUCGAUUAUUAUUUCUAUAGCCGUACACUUCACAUGCGGUAUAAGGAAAUCUUCAAUAAAUAGUAUUCGUUAAGUUUAAUUGAACUUGCAAGGACAGUAACAUAAUUUAUCAAUU